GCUUUUUCAAUUCCAAGCAAUUAUUGGGCUCUUUGCCUCACUUCUUCUCUACAAGCUAUGGAUGGUUAGGGCCACUAGUAAGAAGGCUAAGAGCAAGCAGGCACCAGAGCCAGCAGGUGCAUGGCCGGUAAUCGGUCACCUUCACAUGCUCGGCGGGAAACAGCCGAUCAUGCGAAAGCUCGGAGCCAUGGCUGAUAAGUAUGGUCCGGCCUUCACACUCUGGAUCGGUGCACACCGUACACUUGUCAUUAGUGGACCUGAUCUCGUAAAGGAAUGCUUCACCACCAAAGACAAGAUCCUCGCUACCCGUCCAACUAGCGCAGCCGCUAAGUACUUGGGCUACGACUAUGCUGGAUUCGGUCUUUCACCUUACGGACCCUACUGGCGCGAGAUUCGCAAGAUUGUCACACUGGAGCUCCUCUCCAACCGUCGGAUCGAUAUGCUCAAGAAAAUCUGGGUUGUUGAGAUCGACAGAUGCAUUAAAGAGCUGCAUGGACAGUGGGAGAAGAACCAUAUGAAUCCAAUAAAGGUUGAGAUGAAGGAAUGGUUCGGAGAUCUGACAUUAAAUGUGGUUGGAAUGAUGGUUGCCAGGAAGCGGUACUUUGGGACUGCAGCAUGUUUGACGGAUGUAGAAGCGGCGAGGAGGUUUCAGAAGACAAUGAGCGAAUUGGUUUAUCUUGUGGGGGUGUUUGUUGUGUCGGAUGUGGUUCCUUUCUUAAAGGGGAUUGAUAUCUUAGGGCAGGAGAGGGCCAUGAAGAGGAUAGGGCAGGAAAUGGACUCUAUCUUGUCAAGCUGGCUAGAGGAGCAUCGCCAAAGAAGACGAUCUGGUCCUACAGAGGGUGAGCAUGACUUCAUGGAUGUGAUGAUAUCGUGCAUGGAUGAUGCCCAGCUCUCUAGCUGCUAUGACCCAGAUACCAUCAUCAAGGCAACUUGCGAGACACUUAUCAUAGCCGGCUCAGACACUACAUCAAUUUCACUGACAUGGGCCCUCAGUUUACUGUUGAACAAUCGGCGCGUGCUAAAGAAGGCCCAAGAUGAGCUGGACAACCACGUUGGCAUGGACAGAGAUGUAGAUGAGUGUGACCUCAACAAUCUAGUAUACCUCCAAGCCGUAGUGAAGGAAUCCCUACGCUUGUACUCUCCAGCCCCACUCUCAGUUCCACACGAAGCUAUGGAGGAUUGUCAAAUAGGCAACUUUCAUGUACCAGCUGGCACGCGCUUAUUGGUAAACCUAUGGAAGCUACAUCGAGACCCAAACGUGUGGUCCAAUCCCUCUGAGUUUCAGCCAGAGAGAUUUAUUGGUGGCCAUGCAAACGUAGAUAUUAAGAGCCAAAAUCUCGAAUACAUACCUUUUGGUGCAGGGAGGAGAAUGUGCCCGGGGUACUCUUUGGCACUUAAAAUCAUGCACUUGACACUUGCUCGACUGCUUCAUGAGUUCGACCUGACAACCCCAAAUGAUGCUCCCGUCGAUAUGACCGAGGAGUUAAGCCUAACCCUCCCAAAAGCAACCCAACUGGAAGUCCUCUUCACUCCGCGCCGUUCUUCUAAGUCUUCUACAUAUAAAUGAUCUGGUGGUCCGGCUGCAGCACCAUGCGUUUACAUUGCUUCACCUUUUUUCACUUCCUCCAAACGGUCCAAAAUGUGAGUGUCAUCGUUAAUAUCACCUAGUGAUAAAAUAAAGUGGACACGGUCAUCAUGUGGGCCAAACAUGUACAUCGGAUCAAAUAUUUGGCAUUCUGUUAAUUUACCAAUUGGGAUCCACGUGAUGAUUGGAUCAUCCACUUUUCAUGUCCAAAGGCUGGGAUGCCUGUGACAAGUUGGUGAAAAAUGAAAGGUGCAGUAAGGUAAAUUGAUGGUAAAGAGCAGUACCUAAUCAUUUCUCUAUAAUCGCAUAUCUAUAAGUGUCUCUCCUUGAGGCUUGUUUGGAUUUCAAAAUGCAUCAGCCUUGUAAUGUAAAAGUGUCAUCAUUUUUAUUCUACAAUGUUUGUUUAAAAACGCAACUUAGUGUGUUUUUCAAUAGUCAAAUACAAAUGUAAUGGAAGCUUGCCAAUGGAAUUUGUAAUCACUACAAUUGAAUGUUGUAUUGCUGUGAAAAUCUUCUAUCUAAAUACGCACAUUAGUGUAUUUUUCCUAUUGAUUUGACAUUUUAGUAAUGUAAAAGCAUCAUCAUUACAUUUUUACCAUGCAGAAUUGUUGAUUAAAUUGCCUGUUUUCUAGUAAAUAGAUGUUGUAAUUUAUAAACAUUGCACUUUUUUAAGGCAAGAAAGGAAAACCCACUUAUCACCAACCAGGGGAAAAAGUCUAAAAAUAUAAAGCAAGAGGAGAAAAAACCUCAAAGAAAAAAGAAGGAAAACAUGCCUACACCUAAGCCAAGGGAGAACACCCACAACCCAAAUUAAAAAAAGUCCAUAGCCUGAGCCAAAGACAAAACCGUCCACACCCUGGGCUAGGAAAAAAACCUAUGAAGAAAUAGGACCAUCAACUAAUUAAAGGAAAAAAAUUGCGCAUCAGGCACACUAAAGGAUAUAUGCUAAAGUUAGCCGAUAACAUUCCCGGACGAAGAGGCAAACAA